UUUCGUUGACCGUUUGUGUUUACCUAAUUUUCAUGCCCAAUUGGGCACAAAUAUCUCGUUAGUCCUUAGGUGAGGUAGGCAUAUUUAUAACCGUGUGAAGAUAGCGCGAAACGUUUUCAGUUCAGUUCGAAUUUCGUUGUGUAUCGCUUCGGUCGGUUUUUGUUGAAUUUUAGUAACAACACACGUGGUUCGAAAAUACUUUCGUCGAUGAUUUCGCGGUUUUGGAUUUGAUCAAUUUUCGGUGACAGUUUGCCCAAUUUCUCAUUAUGAAUACAAACAGGCUUCUUUUCACUUUUGGAUGUCUCUGUAGUAUUAUCGUUUAUUCAAAUGCCUGUUCGUGCAUGCCUCAACAUAUGCAAGAAAGGUUCUGUGAGUCUGAUUUUGUUAUUUUGGCUCGAGUGAAGAGAGAACACAUAAUAGGAGACAGAAGAGUGUAUAAAGUUAGAGUAAAAAAGGAAUUCAAGACAUCGGAAAAAGCAAUAAUAGCUUUGAAAUCAGGAAAAUUGAUGACAGCUGCGCAAGAUUCACUAUGUGGAGUCAAUUUAGAUAUUGGAAAAACUUAUGUUUUAUCAGGUCGAAUCUACGCGUUACGAGCACAAGUAAAUUUGUGCGGUAUUCAUACUGAGUGGCAACAUUUGACGAAAAGACAGAAGAAAGGAUUAAGAUUACUCUAUAGACAUGGAUGUAAUUGCAAAAUACGAAGAUGUUUCUACGGAAGAUGCCACAGACAAAUCGAUAGUUGUACUUGGAGGAAUUCUUGCGAAUCCAACGAAGGAAUAUGUCUUCGUCAAAAUAACCAAUCGUGUAUGUGGGCUAAAACUAGAUUGCUAUCGACAUGUACGAAAGAAUGGAGAAGGAAUAGCACCAUCACCGCUGCUCGCAAUCACAGAUUCAACUUGAAUUUUUCUCACUAGUUUUGACAAUUGAUAUAUAAAAAAUAUUCGCAGAAUGUUCA